GCGACACGAGACCCAACCGGAGCCACCGCUGCUACCACCGCCGCUACUGCUGUCAAAAUGCGCAGGGACAUCCUCCUGCGGGUUGCCUGUCAGAUGUGUCCGCGCAUCGGACACUAAAUAUAACGUGAGAACAUUUCUCUACCGGCACGCACACACACACACACAUGCGUACGUACAUACACGUGUGUGUGUGUGUACGUGUGCGGUUGUGGGUUUGGGGGAGGGGGUCAUAGUUCGUGUUGCGCGGCACCGUCGUCCGUAUCUGCGUAAAGCCGAUUUGGAGUCCCGGCUCUGGAUUUACGCGCGAGGAAGGGGAUGGAUGGCCAAGGAUCGGAUCUGAGCGCGCUGCGGCUGAUCUAGACCCGUAAACAUCCAGCAAAAACCUCAUCAUGGAACACAGACUCGCCUUCCUCAAUUUCAUCAUACUCAUCAGCAAGUGGCCACCGGGCUCGGAUGCCCUGAACGGGAGCCGGCUGGCGACGUCGCCGGCGGUGCCGGAGGAGGAGACGGAGGCGGCGAUGGCGAGGGUGCCCGUGGGCGAGGAGCAGUACAUCGUGAAGGCGCAGUACGAGUGCUACAUGAAGAUCCUGCGUGACCCUCCCUACAACGGCAGCGGACCUUACUGUAACCGCACGUGGGAUGGCUGGCGCUGCUGGGACGACACGCUAGCAGGCACCGAGGUCUCCCAGAAAUGUCCCGACUAUUUCGAAGACUUUGACCCGUCUGAAAAAGUCACCAAGAUUUGCAACAAGGACGGAAACUGGUUCCGCCACCCGGAGAGCAACCGCACGUGGUCCAACUACACGCUGUGCAAUGCGCACACACACGACAUGCUGAAGAUGGCCAUGAACCUCUAUUACCUCGCCGUGAUCGGACACACGCUCUCCAUUGUUUCGUUGUCGACGUCGCUCUUCAUUUUCUUUUAUUUUAGGAGCCUGAGCUGCCAAAGGAUAACGCUCCACAAAAACCUCUUCAGCUCCUACAUCCUCAACUCCGUCAUCACCAUCAUCUCGCUCACCGUGGUGGCUAACAACAGGCAGCUCGUAGCCAGCAACCCUGUCGAGUGCAAAGUCCUCCAGUUUCUCCAGCAGUACCUGAACGGCUGCAAUUACUUCUGGAUGCUGUGCGAGGGGAUUUACCUACACACGCUCAUCGUGGUCGCCGUGUUCUCGGAGAAGCAACACCUCGUAUGGUACUACCUCCUCGGCUGGGUUUUCCCAUUGGUCCCUGCCGUCAUACACGCCGUGGCGAGAUCCGUCUAUUACAACGACAAAUGUUGGAUCAGCUCUGAAACCUACUUGCUGUACAUUAUACACGCGCCCUACAUCAUCGCGCUGCUGGUGAACCUGUUCUUCCUGCUGAACAUCGUGCGCGUGCUGGUGACCAAGCUGAAAGACACGCACCGCGCCGAGUCGAACAUGUACAUGAAGGCGGUGCGCGCCACCCUCAUCCUCGUGCCGCUGCUCGGCAUCCAGUUCGUGCUCGUGCCCUGGAGGCCAGAGGGCCGCCUCGCCGGAGAGGUCUACGACUACCUGAUGCACCUCGUCAUGCACUACCAGGGUCUUCUGGUGGCUACUAUAUUUUGCUUCUUCAACGGAGAGGUGCAGACGGUGCUGCGGCGCCACUGGAUGCAGUACCGCCUGCGCUUCGGGCACCGCCGGCGCGUGGAGCACUGCUCCGUGCGCUCCACCUCGUACAGCACCACGGGCUCCGUAGGGGACGCCCCCCUCCCCGCCUCCUAUGCCUUCGUCAAGACCGGCAACGGCCAGGCGCGCAGCUGCAAUGGAGCGGUGGCUGGCGCCGUUGGUGCCAGCGGUGCCGGUGGCGUCGGUGGGGUUGGCGGAGGAGGAGGUGGUGGCGGCAGCGGCGGCGCUAGUGGUGGCGGCAAGAGAACCGGCAACAGCGAACUGCUUGCGCUCAAGCUCAAUGAGACCAAAGCGUAGCCUGGUGGCGAUGUCGUGGCGUUUGCGUCGCACCGCCCUGGGCUGACCGAGCGUCGCAAGACGAUCGCGCAUCGUGCACACCUGCGUUCUUUUUGGUAUUUAAGUGCAACGAGUUGCAGCAGUGUCAUUUUGUUUUCUAUAUAUAGACAGUCAGUGCUAAAUCGCUGCUUAGGACUGCCACCAACAAGGGCAACGGUUGUAAUGCAGUAAAUUAAUUAACCCCCCACGAGGUCCCCCCCCCCGUCACCCUAGCCGAACCCGUCUUCGGUAAUAAAUAGCCGGCGAACUUGGGUUUCUGAUUAAGAAGGACGGUGAGAGAAGACCUGCAUACGCAAGCUUUUGAAAUAAAUAAACACGUAGACAUUUCAAAUCGAAGGCCAGGACUCCUUUUCGUUCGUUUAGAAAAAAAACCCUCCGACCGCCCCACGUUUGUACCCAGAAUGUUUCUGCCCGCUUGGGACACAAGCGCCUUUUAACAUUCAGUUCCACUUGGGCAGCAGGCCCUCGACGCCAGCUCUGCGAUGGUUUUGGCUGCUGCAAGGGUGAGCCUAACUAUCACUACCAACAGCCUGUGCCUAAGUCAUUCAGGUUUGCAACUCCGCUAUUUAUUUGUUCUCGCAUUGAGCACAGCGGUCAGAACGUGUGACUAUUUAACGGCGACGUCAAUGGAAAGAGUGUUGCUCGCACUGAGAUGCCGUGUUUGUGGAAUGGGGGGUGGGGGAAAUAUUCCAAGCACAUCUAAAUAAUUAGAGUGAAAGGUUUGGUGUCCAGUUAUGGUUUGGCUCGUUUGCAAAUCAACACCGCCGCUAGAACACAGUGCGCUCCGUCAGAUGAUGACAACAAGCCAGCCUUGUGCUAAAGUCGCAUUACAUAAAUGGCUUAAUUCACUCACGGUUAAAUGUACCGUUUUAAUUUUUCUGUGACGUACCCCCCUCUGAAAUCAUUUAGCGAUAAGUCAUCUAUCAUUGACAUUUCGAAAUCUAUGGAAUCCGUGAUCCUGCAGCGCAAGAUUGAUCGAAUGCACGAAGUGGCGGAGGGCAGCAUGUGCCGUGACGGUGUUCGUUCACGUUCUUAUUUUUUUUUGCGAAACAAUCUUUCGAAGCAGUUUUGUCGACGGCAAGUGGUGGUCACGUGGGAGAAGCGAAAAAUGUUGCAAAGGAGCUAAGGUGGAAGAAAUUGGAACUCUCGGCGAAAAAUGUUGACAUCUUACACAAAGGACUCCCGAGCAAAUGCGCGGCUUGUUCAGUCGUGUUGAAAGCUGCUUGUGUCGAAAAUGCAAAUUGGGCUAAUUACAAUGGAACAGCGAAAUGUUUCGCCAUGAGAACAGGGCACGCCAUAGAUGUCGUCCGUGAUGGAUGUGAACAGUGAUUGGUGCGGUGGGAGGGAGAGAAAAACAAACAGGAUUACGUUCUGUGUUGAAGGUGGUUGUUUUUUUCACGGAAAAUAUUAAGAUCCUUGUAUUUAUUUCCUAAAUGGAGUUUAAAAAAAUACUUAUUUAAGACAGUUUAUGUGUGUAUGCGUUGUGUGUAACUGCAGUACAAACAUGUAUUUAUAGUCACAAAAUCGUGUAAUUUUGAAAUAUAGUUUUGUCAUUGCCCGUAAUUUAACUGUUUGUGUAAGUUGUUUGUUAACACAGUGACAACAUGAUGAUGAUAAUUAAUGUAAAAGCAAAUAGGAUGGACGAUGCUUGACACUGAAUGUCGGGCAGUGCGUAGGAUUAAUUCCAGAGUUAAGUAGCCGUGAUGUAAGUAAUGUGACCGUCAAACAGGCUGUGUAGCCAUUCGCUUUCUCAUCCCAGAGAUGCACGACAAUCUACUGCGGUCGUGUUCCAUACGUCUGAGAUGUGCUACACGUCUUUUAAUGGGUCGAUUAAAGCAAACAUCUGUUGGCAAAUUGCUAACGCGACACGUUCGGCACGGCGAUCGUUCUCUGAAGCAGUUUGCUGUGCGUCACCGAUGCCAUAGUCUGGAUCCAGGUCGCCCUUGGCCAUAAAUCUGGAUCGCAUAUUCAAUUCCGUCCACGUGCCCGACGUUACAGACACGUCGUGGUGGCGAGAUGUUAACUACCUCGCCUGGAGUACAGGAGGUCGUGGGUUUGAUCCCGGCCCUGACGCCUGUACAAAUGGAGUUUGCGUGUCUCUCUCCUCGAGGUCGUGUGGAUUUUUCUCCGGGUCCUCCGUCUUUUGCCUCCACAUUUUAAAUCGAAAUGCGUUUGGAGUAUUUUUGGCUGCUAUAAAUUUCGCGUGAUGAAAAGCCACUUUGUUGAGCUAUCAUUUGUGGCCAGGUCACUUCUGAAAAAUAGCUCUUGAGCUCAGUGGGCCUUACCUGGUAAAAUAAAAAAAAUAGUACGAUAGUUUUAUUGACCUGUCGUCACAAAUCAUUAUACAACAAUCUAUUGAAAUCGAUCCUUAUACUCACGAUAACACGCAUCGAAUCGCGUGUGUGAGACAUUUAUUAUUUACGAUUUAUGCAAAUUAUAUUGUAAGCGAUGUGCUCUUGUUACAUUUUUCUAAACGACUGAACAAAAUUGUACUGAGAUACAAACAAAGCAAUGAAAAAAAUCAAAAAUGGGAAAAAAUUAUAAUUGAUUCUUACAUCGAGGAGCGAUCCUGAAUCUUGACAAUUCAUCGAAUAGUGGUGGCGGACGGUUGAGAGAUAGGACAUGAAUAAGAAAUAAUUCCACGUCCUGUCCCCUGAAUCUCCAAGCAGGGCAAAUAGGCGAUGGUCUGCCCAAGGGCAGUCGGUUAUCCCCGUUUGACAUGGGUCGCUUAGGUCUCGCUCUGUCUCUUGACUCAUAAUGGAGCAGCGGUAGGGACGCUUUGAAGCUGUGCUGCUGUGAAUCCCCUGGUGAGCUGAGAGUAGAGCACGGCACCACCUGGCGUAACAGAGAACGUGAGCCUUCUGAAGGAGAAUAUAUUUAUAGCGCAUGUAAAUACUCGGCUGGUCACGCGUUGGUUGGGGUAAACUGAGGGUGCUCCUACCUCAUCCAAGACAUCUGGUCAGCGUGGAAGAGUUCUGUAGAGACCCUUCUAAUGGAGGCUCUUCCACCAACGCAGUUGUGUGAGCAAGCAACUGCAGGGAUGCACCUUUGCCCUAUGUAAAUACGAUUUACAUUGUAAUGUGAAUAGAUAAAGGCUCCAUGUGCCACAGUGGCUGCUCUUGGAUAGAAAGGACCUCCAGGAUGAGGGAAGGGCCCCUGUGACUUGUAGCCUCUUUGGAAAAGGAGACUUGGAUUAAAAUACGUACAUAAAACUGUUCAAUAAACUCAACGUAGUAAACAGGACAAUGUAGAAACAUCCAUUUGAACAAAACUCAAUGAAGAAAUAUGAAACGAGGACAACAUUUUUUUAAAUAAUUACAUAUAAUGUACAUCAUCAUCAAUAUCAGCCACGAUCAAUCCGCUUCUGGAUGAAGCCAGUGGAUGGAGGCUUCUCCGAGCCGUGGUCAUCUCUCACGGUUCUGCAUUGAAACAAUUUGAACACACGCUUGGGGAGAGAGAAAAAAAAUCCUAAAGUAACAUGGGUGCCUGCAUUUUCUUAAAAUAUUCACAAAUGUUUACAUUGGUAAUUAUCAAACGACGGCUCUUGACAGUUCUCGAAACGUCCUGGGCCCUGUCAAGCUGCCUUGUGCUGCGUUGAUGUCCUUCCGUUGAACCGUGACACCAUGUCCUCUCGUAGAACGGUGCGGAGGGGGCCCCCCUUUCACGGAAACGACACGCUCGCAUGCGAUGCAGACCGACAUCGGCCCCCUGCCCGUGUGUGUGCGACCGGUGAACGAGAACAAAUCUCCCUGGCUCGCCUUCAUUCGGCCAAAAGGAUAACGCUCAAUUUGGUCUUGGCGCUGAGAGCUCGUCGUUUUCCCACCGCUCGACCACCUUGGCAAUAUCUUCUGUUUCCUGAAAGUGAGAUGUUUCCUGCAUGGGGAGUCUCACCCGCGCCUCUCUCUCUCUCUCCCCGCCGCCGCAGCAGCAGCAUCACGCCUUACGUUUCUCAUAGAUCAAGCUUUGCUCCCCCGGUCCCUCGGGCCACCGAGACGCACGCGAAACCCUUAAAGAGAUCCCCUGCAAAAUCUCCGCUCUCUCCGCAUUGACCAACGGGGGCACGUGUACAGGGAGGGCAACACAGGCAGCUGACUGCCCUGGAAAAAAUGUCCCCUUGGCUGCCCCCCCCCCUCUACCCCCACUCAACUCUCGACUCAAUUCCCCAACUGGGAAUUUUGGGUACAGUGCACAACAUUGUGAAAUUUGUGCCUCCACCGCUCCAUACUCUGCCUCCCCCUUCUCACAACUAAAAUUAGACCUGUUGAAAAGGUUGUCCUCAUUUACCCCAGCUUAAAUAAUAAUAAUGUUCUUUGUAUAACAAAGCCAAGCUUUGGACGUGUGUUUUUGCAAGAGAGGUCCCCUGUGCUUGCGAAAUAGAAUUCUCUCUGAGCUGGCUGACUGAUUGUCUCGGACGUGUGUACAAAUACUGUAGCGAAAACGUGGUCAAAUAAAUUGUUCUUGGACAAUGCGUUUGUACGAGAAUGAGAGCAGGUUGCAACGCUUGGUGGGUUGGUGCCAGUUGUAAAGUUACUAUCAACAUUGUUUGCGAAGUGAAUGUUCAAGUUCAAGUUCAUUUAUUAUGUAUAGCCCUGUGAGCCAUUCGGCUCUUGAAUCGGGUGCAACCGCAACAAACAAAAAAACAUGAACAAAAACAUCUUAAAGUGAAUAUGUGACUAAGUGCAAACAGAAAAUCCAAGAAAAGACAGCAAAAUAUUGCAGAAAAAAACACCGUACACCAACGCUGUGUGCAAAAAUCCCAGUGGGAUGUGAAUGGAGUGAGAGAACGCCAUGAAGUUCCGCAUCUUCAUAAAACAAAAUAUCACCUUACUCAAAGGGGAUAUAGGUAGGCUGGUUAAUUCUACUCACCUUUACACCCUAUCCAUAUCCUCGGUAAUUUGGGGGCUUGUCAAUGCAUAAUCAUUAUAUUUAUGAGUGCCAUGGCAUUUCAGUGAUUUUCAAGGGUGUAUUAUUUUUUUUGCUUCAACCAAGAAAGAUAUAUUAUGACAGGUUGCAAAAAAAUAUACGGGGGCACUGCUAAUCACUAAGGUAUUAAACAUAUCUUGGCCCGAUGUAAAUUGAUAUUGUUUCAUUCCACAAUUUAGCACAUGAGUACUUUAAAUUAUUUCUAGAUGAAUAAUUCAGAGGAAUUGAAAAUGUUGUUUUUGGCAAACGUUGAAGAACUCAAAAAUAGCGUAAUAUUAGGGGAUGUAGUUCGGUGGUAUAGCAACAACACACAAAUAUUUGGACGGCUGUAAUUGUUUAUGGAAGUGGCUUUGAGUUUUUUUUAUAUCUUGGCAAUGACUUAGAUGAUUUUCGUUGAGGUCAAGUUUUGGUGACCAUGGGCACCAGUUACUGUAUUUUAGGCACUUUGAAGGACGCAAGCAUUGCUAAUCGUCAGACGUGUACAGCACAACGUAUACUAUUGUAAACAGCAGAAGCCAUAAGUCGAUCUUAUUAUAGACUUAGAUGUCGUGACGACACCGUGUUAUUUUACGCUCCUGUACCAAUGCAUUCGCGUUUAAAUGGUACUUCAUAACACGCGUGUUCAAAUCUCUUGCGUGCGUGUCUGCUGAUUCACGUCAAUAACGGAUCACUUUCAAGGACGCUGCAUUUAACAAGCACAGUUUAUCUUUAAUGUAAUAUGAGUACUGUACGUAGGUAUGCUCACAAAGGAUAGGCUAUAACCAGCUGUACUAUAUACGUAUGGUUACCGUACUACUACUAAUACAGUACGGUAUAUAAUAUAUAGUGUUUGUGUGUGCGCGAAACAUUUUCAUUUUUUUAAAUGCAAACAGCCAUGUAAAAAUAUAUAUAUAAUCAGAAACGAUGUGGGAAAGAAAAAUUGUACAGAGAUUGCAUUGCAUUGCAUUUGGUAUGUGGUAUAUUCUACGCCAGCUGGGAGGGUAGGCAUUGUGUGUGUAAAGUACAGUAUAUAUAUUUUUGUAUUUUCAAUACAGUAUAUGUCCCUGUAUGCAAGAAGUGUAAAUUAUAAUGUGUGUCCAUUAAAGAUACUGAAUGUACGACAAUUUUGUCUGAUGGAUUGUUGAGGCUGGAAGUUGGAAAUUUGGCCUCGAAUAUUUGUAAAUAUAUACACUAAAUCAAUGGGAUAUUUGUUCAACAAUUUGAAAAUCGGAACCAGAUACAACAUUUCGGAUUAUCCGAAAAUGUGAUGUCACAAAACACGAUGUCACAAAGCAUGACGUCACAUCUGUACGCUCCUCGCCGAAAGUGGUGACGAGUUGCAUCGUGAUGUAAUUUGCAUUAUCGCAAAGACACAUGAAGUUAUUAUUACAGAAUGUAAAUGAUCUGAACUUUACAUUCUUUAAAAUCCUAAAUGUAUAUAUCCGAAACUCAUUCCUUCUACAUCACUACUCCUGCCAGACUGGUAUUGUUGAUUAUGAUUGUUGUUCACUUUAUUCAUCUUAU